AUGCCAGAAGAAAACGGCAAUCUGACGACUGCUAAGGAUGGGAAAAAUGCCCAAAAAAGGAUCAACGGAACUGAACGCGAUACGGAUGAACAGAAGACAAGAAAUAAUGAUUGUAGCUCCGAACCCAGGGGAUUGUGGAUGCCACAGACGGUACUAUAA